AUGGCUCUCUUCGAGUAUGAACCGCUGGACCUAGGUGUGAAAUCCUUUCGACUUCUGAUGCUUCACCCCGGCGCCGGCGGUGAGGUGGCCUGUGACAUCUUCCAGGCGAGCCUCGAAGCGGAAGACAUCAUUCCCUACGAGGCACUAUCGUACGCUUGGGGGAGUAACGAUCUGUCCGAGUCCAUCACCGUGAAUCGUAGGAGGCUUCCCAUCACCAAGAGCCUGUUCCAUGCCAUGAAUCAUCUCCGGCGCGAUGCAGGCAGAAUACUGUGGGUCGACGCCGUCUGCAUCGACCAGAGCAACGUCGUGGAGCGAGGACACCAGGUGGGACAGAUGGGCGACGUUUACAGGGAGGCGGAGCAGGUCCUCAUAUGGCUGGGGCCCUCGUCGUACGAGACCAAGAUCCUGAUGGACUUCUUGAGAGCCCUCUAUCGAGACUCCUCUCGCCAGAAAGAUGCGGGAGAUCUCAGCCAGGCGCAAGAGAACUGGUUGUCCGCACAGCAGGACGCGGGCAUCGGCCGGGCUGCUCUUGACGAUAUCCGACGGCAAGCCCUAACAUCUCUUCUUGAAGAGCCCUGGUUCACACGGGUCUGGAUCCUGCAGGAGGUCUCUCACGCCCGAGCUGCUUCCGUGUGCUGCGGCAGGUGGACCGCCCCGGCUCACAUGCUCUUGAGCGCCGCAACGCUCGUCGGCGUCGACCCAAGUCCUCAGUGCAGGGCUGUCUUGGACUUGAUGCCGAAUCCAUUCACCAGAAGAUCCGCAAAAACAAAGACUCUCCAUACCUUGCUGCGAGAGUUCCGUGUGAGCCGAGCGAGCGACCCCCGUGACAUGGUCUACGCUUUGCUCGGCAUCGCCUCGGACAUCCCCCUAAGCGAUCCCAAUGGACUGCUCCUGCCGGAUUAUUCCAAGACUGAGGCACAGCUCGUCCAGGACCUGCAGGCGUUUCUCUUCUUUGGCGAUGUCGAACACCACCUGGGCAAGAUCGACGACCUCAGAGCGUUCCUUGCCCUGCUGCCCUCAUUGACGGAUCAGACGUGCAGAGACUCCAUCGCUGGUGGUCGGGUGGAAGAUGUGAAAAACUUUCUUAGGGGAGGAGGGCAGCUUGGGAUAGUAGACGCGCCCUCCAACGCACUUUCAAGUGUCAAGAACGAGAGGGAGCGGUUGUUCGUUCGAGAUCUAUCCCAAUUCCGAAACCCCAACCUCAUGAUAAGUGGAUCCGGUCUCGAGUCUCUUUUCGAACAGCUUGAUCUGAGGGAGGCCAAAACUCUCUUGGACCUUUGCGGAGGGAACUUGCGAAUUUCGGAGGAAUUCGUCACUGCAUUCAGAUGGAAUGGGCGGAAGCGAAAAAACACAAAGGUUUUGAAGUUUUUGCUCAGACAAGAGAACAGUGGUGUCCAAGUGAUGCAGGAUGGAUUCGCCGAGAUGGCGGCGUUUUGCGAUGCGAAGACGAUGAGGACAGUCAUUGAGCGUCAGGAACAGGCGUACCACAUCACGUCGAGGCUGUCUCUCAUGGCUUAUUUGAAUGAGAAACAUGGACGGGAUAUCAUGACGAUGCUUCUCACGUGGAAAGACGACAGGGUGCAGGUCACUGACGACGGCUUGUUGAAAACUCUCGAACUCAAUGACGCGGACGUUGUAGGAUUGCUUCGCUGGCGCGGUGUGCCGGGUGUCAGAGUAACCGGCACUGGCACGAACCCCUCUGAUCCAGAGAGCAGUUGGACCUCGACGGUGACCUUCGAAGGAGACUCCACCGUCUGUCGCCGUGAGGCGGAGGAAGUCCGCCGAAAGCUGCGAGAGUCUUGGGAGGGCGUCAUCACAGCAAACGUAGGGUACACCAACAAUGGAAUUUGGGAAGACUUGGUUGCAGAGUUCUGA